CGGCCGUUGGUCGGCACGGGCGCCCGCCCGGCUGCCGGACCGGGCCUCGGCAGGUGGAGGCGGACGCCGGGCGCGGGGACCGUGCCGGGCUGCGGGCGCGCGCCGCGCCCAGCCUCGCCUCGGUGCCCCCGGUCCUCGGGGCCAACGCGGUUCCUCGGGGCGCGCAGGAACGCGGCCGCGGUCCGCACGCCGGCCGGACCCCAGCCGCCGGGAGGGCGGGUUAAAAUCGAGGCAUUUAAAAACCGCUGCUCUUGACUCCGGGCGGAAAGGGCUCGGGACCGUUGCAGCCCUGGUGUUUUCCCGCGGCGCCCGGGACGCACACGGCCCCGGGUUUGACGUUUGAGCCGAGACUUCGCUUCUCGGCGGCGGGGGUCCCCUCCGGGCAGGGACCCGGCGCCCUGGGGCGCGCGUGGGAACCGAAGCUGCCGCGGAGGAGCCGUGCGACCGGCGGCGGGGGAGCCGGUUAGGGAAGUUCUUGACUGACAGCCCGCGCUCCGACUUCGAAGGCCUCGACUUUUAAAUGAGUUAAACCCCAGGAUGUGCGUUCCUCCGUCGCUAACCAACCUAAAUGCUUGGGGGAUACCGAGUCCGCUCCGUGUGCUUUGGGAUAAGUGUAGCGUCCACCAACGGAAGCACCGGGACCGAAUGGAAUUGAGCAUCAAGAAAAGCCCCCUCUCGGUGCAGAAAGCCGUCCCGUGCGUGAGGAUGAAGCAGGCCCCGGAGGCCCUGGGCGGCAGCACCGGGAAGGCCCCGGGCUGCGAGGUGAGCCGCGAGUGCUCCGUGUUCCUCGGCAAGGCGCAGCUCUCCGCCGGCCUGCAGGAGGGGGUCAUGCAGAAGUUCAACGGCCACGACGCGCUGCCCUUCCUCCCGGCGGAGAAGCUGCGAGACCUGACCUCCCGCGUGUUCAAUGGAGACCCCGGUGCUCAGGAGGCCAAACUGCGUUUCGAGUCCCCGGAGGGGAGAGGCACGGGGACCCCGCCCAGCGCCAGCCCCACCAAGAACGGCUCUCCCGAGAUCAAGCUGAAGAUCACCAAGACCUACAUGAACGGGAAGCCGCUCUUCGAGUCCUCCAUCUGUGGGAGCGGGGCCGCGGACUUGCCCCCGUCCGAGGAGAACGGACAGAGGCCGGAGAGCAAGGCGAGGAGGAGCCGGAAGAGGAGCAUAAAGUAUGACUCCUUACUGGAGCAGGGCCUGGCGGAAGCCGCCCUGGCGCCGGAGACCUCCAGCCCCGCGGACAAGAAGGGCCCGGCUGCGGCUGCGAGGGAGCCCUGCCCCGGCGCCGGCAGGGACAAAGACCGCGUGCUGAAGUACAACGUCGGCGACCUGGUGUGGUCCAAGGUGUCCGGGUACCCGUGGUGGCCGUGCAUGGUGUCCGCCGACCCGCUCCUGCACAGCUACACCAAGCUCAAAGGUCAGCGGAAGAGCGCGCGGCAGUACCACGUGCAGUUCUUCGGCGACGCCCCCGAGCGGGCCUGGGUCUUCGAGAAGAGCCUGGCGCCCUUCGAAGGGGAGGCGCAGUUCGAGAAGCUGUGCCAGGAGAGCGCCCGGCAGGCGCCCACGAAGGCGGAGAAGAUCAAGCUGCUGAAGCCCAUCGCGGGCAGACUGCGUGCGCAGUGGGAGACGGGGCUCUGCCAGGCCGCCGAGGCCGCGGGCAUGUCCGUGGAGGAGCGGAGGGCCAAGUUCACCUUCCUCUACGUGGGGGGCCAGCUCCACCUGAACCCGCACGUGGCCAAGGAGGCGGGCAUGCUGGGCGUGGCGGCCGCGCCCACGGGGCCCCGGAGAGAAGAGGGCACUGCAGUCAAGAGAAGGGGGAGGGCGAAGCCAGCCCCCCCUGCCGACAGCCAGGACGGCGGCUCUGCAGCAGCAGCGACGGCAGCCCAGACAGCGGCCGAAGCCGGUCCCAGGAGAGGCGUGGGCGCCGUCCCUGGGAGGAAGAAGGCCGCGGCCGCCACACCGCGGAGCCGGAAGGGGGACGCCGCCUCCCAGUUCCUGGUCUUCUGUCAAAAGCACCGGGACGAGGUGGUGGCCGAGCACCCGGAUGCCUCUGGGGAGGAGAUUGAAGAGCUCCUGGGGUCCCAGUGGAGCAUGCUCAGCGAGAAGCAGAAGGCGCGCUACAACACCAAGUUCGCCGUGCUGGCCCUGCCCCCCUCCGAAGAAGACGCAGGCUGCUGCCACGGGAGGAGGAGGGCCCAGCCGAAGAGAACCCAGGACCUUGCGGGGGACACCGACGCCGAGGACGUGCCCCGGAAGAGGCUCAGGACCGACAAGCAUGGCCUCCGGAAGAGAGAAGCCGUCGCCGACAAGCCGUCCCGAACAGGCUCCUGCAAGGCCCUGGAGGCGGCCUCCUCCCUGAAGAGCCAGGCAGCAGCAAAGCACCUGUCGGACUCGUGCAAGCCCCUGAAGAAGCGGCACCGGGCCCCCGCGGCGGCGUCCCCGGCGCUCGCGCUCAGCAAGAGCUCGUCUCCCGCCGCAUCCGUGACCGAGAACGAGGUCUCGGACGGCCCGGGCGACGAGCCCCUGGAGUCCCCGUACGAGAGCGCUGACGAAACCCAGACCGAAGCGUCCGUCUCGUCCAAGAAGUCGGAGCGGGGGGUGGCUGUCCGGAAGGAGCACGUGUGUCAGGUGUGUGAGAAGCCCGGCAGCCUCCUGCUCUGCGAGGGCCCCUGCUGCGGGGCCUUCCACCUUGCCUGCCUCGGCCGGUCCCGGCCCCCGGAGGGACGGUUCACCUGCAGCGAGUGUACUUCAGGGAUCCACUCCUGCUUCGUGUGCAAGGACCGCCGGGCGGACGUGAAGCGCUGCCUCGUGCCGCAGUGCGGGAAGUUCUACCACGAGGCCUGCGUGGGGAGGUUCCCCCUGACGGUGUUCGAGAGCCGCGGCUUCCGCUGCCCUCUGCACAGCUGCGUGAGCUGCCACGCGUCCAACCCCGCGCACCCGCGCUCCGCGAAAGGUAAGAUGAUGCGCUGCGUCCGCUGCCCCGUGGCCUACCACGGAGGGGACGCGUGUCUGGCCGCGGGCUGCCUGGUGCUCGCCCCCCACAGCAUCGUCUGCGCGGGCCACUUCACCGCCCGGAAGGGCACGCGGCACCACGCCCACGUCAACGUCAGCUGGUGCUUCGUGUGCUCCAAAGGGGGCAGCCUGCUGUGCUGCGAGGCCUGCCCCGCGGCCUUCCACCCGGACUGCCUGAACAUCGAGAUGCCGGACGGCAGCUGGUUCUGCAACGACUGCAGGGCCGGCAAGCGGCUGCGCCACCAGGACAUCGUCUGGGUCAAGCUCGGGAACUACAGAUGGUGGCCGGCAGAAGUUUGCCAUCCCAAAAAUGUCCCCCCAAAUAUUCAGAAAAUGAAGCACGAGGUUGGAGAAUUCCCUGUGUUUUUCUUUGGGUCUAAAGAUUAUUACUGGACGCAUCAGGCUCGAGUGUUCCCGUACAUGGAGGGGGACCGGGGCAGCCGCUACCAGGGGGUCAGAGGGAUCGGAAGAGUCUUCAAAAACGCGCUGCAAGAAGCCGAGGCUCGUUUUCGUGAGGUCAAACUCCAGAGGGAGGCCAGGGAGACACAGGAGAGUGAGCGAAGGCCCCCGCCCUACAAGCACAUCAAGGUGAACAAGCCGUACGGGAAGGUGCAGAUCCACACGGCCGACAUCUCCGAGAUCCCCAAGUGCAACUGCAAGCCCACGGACGAGAGCCCCUGCGGCAUCGACUCGGAGUGCCUGAACCGCAUGCUGAUGUUCGAGUGCCACCCGCAGGUGUGCCCGGCGGGCGAGUCCUGCCAGAACCAGUGCUUCAGCAAGCGCCAGUACCCCGAGACCAAGAUCAUCAGGACGGAUGGCAAAGGCUGGGGCCUGGUCGCCAAGAGGGACAUCCGCAAGGGGGAGUUCGUGAACGAGUACGUGGGCGAGCUGAUCGACGAGGAGGAGUGCAUGGCCAGGAUCAAGCGCGCGCACGAGAACGACAUCACGCACUUCUACAUGCUCACCAUAGACAAGGACCGCAUCAUCGACGCCGGCCCCAAGGGCAACUACUCCCGGUUCAUGAACCACAGCUGCCAGCCCAACUGCGAGACCCUCAAGUGGACGGUGAACGGCGACACCCGCGUGGGCCUCUUUGCCCUGUGCGACAUCCCUGCAGGGACGGAGCUGACCUUCAACUACAACCUGGACUGCCUGGGCAACGAGAAGACCGUGUGCCGCUGCGGGGCCCCCAACUGCAGCGGGUUCCUGGGGGACCGGCCCAAGACCUCGACGGCGCUCGCGUCCGAGGAGAAGGGCAGGAAGGCCAAGAAGAGAGGCCGGCGGCGCCGGCCCCGCGGGGACGGGAAGAAGCCCUCGGAGGACGAGUGCUUCCGCUGCGGCGACGGCGGCCAGCUGGUGCUGUGUGACCGCCGGGCCUGCGCCAAGGCCUACCACCUGGCCUGCCUGGGCCUGCGCAAGCGGCCCUUCGGGAAGUGGGUGUGCCCGUGGCACCACUGCGACGUGUGUGGCAGGCCCUCCGCCUGGUUUUGCCACUUCUGCCCCAAUUCGUUCUGCAAGGAGCACCAGGACGGGACAGCCAUCAGCACCACCCAGGACGGGCGGCCCCGCUGCAGUGAGCACGACCCGGGCGCGGAGUGCGCCGCCCGCGCCCCGGCCGCGGAGCCCUGCCCGGAGCCCGCGAAGCCCAAGGGGCGGCGGCGGCGGCGGCGGUGGCGCAGGGCCACGGAAGGCAAAUAGCUCGGGGGGCCCGACUGGGUCAGGGGCCGCCUGCCACGGGCGGGCCUGGCGGGGCCCAGGGCACCUCCGCGGGGACGGGGACGGCCCCCUCGGCCCCCCGGGGGCGCGCCUGCCACCACUGAGCCACCAGCGGCGCCGCCGCCUCUGCACUGACCGCUCCCUGCCGUGCGCUCGGGGGCGGGGCGACGCACGCCUGCCACACAGCAUUAGGGCCGCACUUGAAUUGCGGGGAGGGCCGAGGCUCCCUCCCCUGACUUUUAGGUCCCAGUUACGAUCGGAAUUUCCUGGCACAUGAAAUGGUUUCAUCCUGCCCGAGGCGCGUAGAGUAGCUUGUUCUCGUACAGCGGGGGGGAUCCCGGCCUGCUUCCCCCGGUCCUCAGGGGGCCCCGGCGGGCUCGCCUCGGGGGGCAGCUCGGACCCCGCAUCCCCUGGAAGCCGUGAUUUUGAUCAUUAUUUUUGCUUUUAUGAAACAGCUGUAUUUUUUGUACUAAUGUGAAAUUUUUCCUCAAAACGUUCCUCUUUCACCGUAGUGAGACGCUGUGCCGGCAGUGGUGACAGCGGUAGUAGUUUAAGGUUUCUCGAGUCGGUGCUUCUCCGUAGCUGUGAGCUGUGAGCCGAGAGCUACCGCCGGGGCUGCCUCCCACCACCCUGGGCUCCGGCCAGCCCCCGGGGAAGGACUGUGUACUUUGUCAUUCGACUUUUCUUUAGUGAUUUCUUGCCUUUACUCUCAAUAUAUUUUUGCUAAACUUGUUUCACGAUUACCACUGAUUGAGCUGUGUAUUUACUGAUGCGCCCGAGUCCUCCCCUCCCCGCAGGCGUCGCCUCGGACGCCCGCCGAGUGCUCUCCCCGGGCCGGGCGGAGACCCGGGGGCCGGAACUGGCCGCCUGGGCUCGCGUGCCCUUCCUCACGCCGUGUGGGCCUGUCCGCGGAGAACAGGUGCGCUGGCCGGACGUGCUCAGCCAGGGCAGCACCUGCCCGCAAGGCCGCUGGGGGUGAGGCCCCCAGGGGGUGAGGAACUUCUAGAAAGUACUAAGUUCUCUGUGGAAGAUGUGAUUCUCCUUUUCCAGGGUUCCUCUCGACCCCGGGAAGUUCAGAGCCCCCUAAAGAGGGGAGAGCUCCCCACCGGCACCCACGUGUGCUGCGUGCGCUAAGGGAGACCUGCCUGUCCCUCUGUGCAAAGGGUGGGGGGCCGCUGGCAGCAGACUCCUGUUUUCCGACCUUCUCUUCCUAAAACCACACGAGGAGGACAUCCGUUCUGCAGAGAAGUCCCCACCGCUGCUCUCGGGCGCCGCUGCGGAGGUCUCCUGUCCGUCUCUCUCGGGCCGUUGGGCCUUAGACGGCCGGACGGUCUCCUCCGCUCAGUGGGUUUGUGACAUGGCCCGGCGGGGAUAGCGUCUACAGGCUGCAAACGUCCCCCUGGCCCUCCCUUCGUCCACACCCCCCGACAGCGCAGACACACGGGGAGCCAGCAGGGAGAGCCAAGAGCUGCCACGUGCCGACUGCUCCCAGGCGCGGCCCCGUCCGCCUGGAAAUGCCUCUGCCCGAGGGGACAGUUGUCCUGGGGGGACACUGGCUUGACAUGCAGGCGGCCACUCCUCGUGUCCUCAGCUGGGACGGGCCCCAGGGCCUGGAUGCAGGCGUCCACGCACCUGUGUCCGCGAUGUGGACACAGGUGGCACCCAGGGCCCUCGGGGUCACAGCUGCUGUGGGUGGGGCCCCGCUGUGGGCCAGGGGCCCCACUUUUUUUUUUUUUUUAAAGAGAGGAACAUCAGUGUGUGGUCGCCUCUCAUGUGUCCCCCUCUGGGGACCGGCCCACAACCCAGGCCUGUGCCCUGACUGGGAAUCAAACUGGCGGCCCUUUGGUUCGCAGGCCCGUGCUCAGCCCACUGAGCCGCACCGGCCAGGGCCCCUCUCGUCCUCUCGAACCAGCUGAGGACGUCUGUGCUAGCCACACCACCAGAGUGGGCUUUGCAGUGCACUUCGGGGAGCAGACCGACCGGCCUAUUUUUGUGUUUGACAGUAGUAAAAUCUUGUGACUUUUAGUCGCUUUGAGAUCUCCAAAUUUUUAAACGAUCUUUCUGAAGGAAAACAGUAGAAAAAGCAUUUUCAGUAUGGUUGCUCUCUCUUCAAACUCCGUUACGUUAAUGAGCAAAUAACACGAACUGUGAACGUCUCUAGGAAACCAGUUUACGGAUCUCGAGCUGCACCAAGCUCCCCGGCCGGCGGGUGCGGGGGCCGCCCUCCAAGCUGCCGCCUCAGCCUGCUGUCACUCUCGUGAAGCAGAAACGAGAGAACUGCCCCGAACCUCAGGGUUCCUUGGGGUCAGGAGCCUGUGCCCACGUGUGUGGUCACACCCGCCGUGCCAGCCCUGGCUAGGGAAGGCAGGUGCGGCCCGUGGCCGCCACGGGGGAGCCAGCGCGGCAUCCGUGGUGCCCCGUGAGGCCCGCCCGUGCUUGGAGGAGCCGCCCUCGUUCCCAGGCCCCCCCCACCCCCCCCCCACUCAGGUCUGUGCUUCUGGCGCCCGUUAAGUGUUAUCCCAGUGGCUGCAGUCCGCGGCGCCCACCCGCCCCAGCGGCCCCCCGGCCCCCCGGCGCACAUGCUGGUGAACGCGAGUGCAGUGUCUGCCACGCCCUCCCCACGGCCAGCCGUGGGCGUCCCCCUGCCGGCCGGUGCCUGAACUCGGUGCCCCAGGCGGCCAGGCCCCUCUCAGGGAGCCUGGGUGCCGCCCCCAGUUCCGGCAGACUGGGGAGCGUGAGCUCACUUCUGGGGUGGGGGGUACGCCGAAGUGUGGACCUGGGAGCCACCGACGCUGGGGGGAGACACCACUUCAAGUGGGACGUUGUCUGGGAAACUGUGUAUUUUUAUAUUAAAACAUUGUUAAAGGCUC